AAACUAGGUUAACGGAAAAUACAAUAGUGAAAAUUAGCCAAUCCCACCAUACAACUUUCCCUUCGUUUCUCUAUAGCCUUUUGGCGGCAAAGCCUCGGUGUGCAGGAUUCUCAGCGGGAAUUUCAGUCUUGUCCCUAACCCCCGAAUUUCCACCAAAUUCAUGAGUAGUUCCUGCGAGACUGAGUAGCGGCUUUAAUGGAUGCAUCUACUACUGCAAAUUCUCCGAUUAUUAGACCUAUAAACAAAGGCGUGGUGCACAGAAUCUGCGCCGGCCAAGUGAUUUUGGACCUUUCAUCGGCCGUGAAGGAGCUGGUUGAAAACAGCUUAGACGCCGGCGCCACUAGCAUUGAAAUAUCUUUGAAAGAAUACGGCGAGGAGUGGUUCCAGGUCAUCGAUAAUGGAUGUGGCAUUUCCCCCAAUAAUUUCAAGGUUCUUGCACUCAAGCAUCAUACUUCUAAAUUGGCAGAUUUUCCGGAUCUUCAAUGUUUGACCACAUUUGGUUUUAGAGGGGAGGCAUUGAGUUCACUUUGUGCAUUAGGAGAUCUGAGUGUGGAAACAAGAUCCAAAAAUGAGUCAGUAGCAACACACUUAACUUUUGAUCGCUCAGGUUUACUAACUGCUGAAAGGAAAACAGCACGUCAAAUUGGCACAACUGUCACUGUUAAGAAGUUGUUCUCCAAUUUACCUGUGCGAAGCAAAGAAUUUAACCGCAACAUUCGCAAGGAAUAUGGAAAGCUUAUUUCUUUAUUGAAUGCCUAUGCACUUGUUGCAAAAGGCGUUCGGUUAGUCUGCUCCAAUGCAACCGGUAAAAAUGCAAAGUCUGUUGUACUUAAAACACAAGGAAGCGAUUCCCUUAAAGAUAACAUCAUAACAGUAUUUGGCAUGAACACCUUCAGCUGCUUAGAGCCUGUUAAUAUAUGCAUAUCAGACGAUUGCAUGGUUGAUGGAUUCCUUUCUAGGCCUGGACAAGGCAGUGGCCGCAAUUUGGGAGAUAGGCAAUACUAUUUUGUAAAUGGUCGACCAGUGGAUAUGCCUAAAGUCGGCAAGCUUGUGAAUGAGUUAUAUAGAGGUGCAAACUCUCGCCAAUAUCCCAUUGCAAUUAUGAAUUUCACAGUUCCAACCAGAGCAUGUGAUGUGAAUGUAACUCCGGAUAAAAGAAAAAUAUUCUUUUCUGAUGAGGGUUCCAUAUUGCUCGCUUUAAGGGAGGGUUUACAGCAGUUUUAUUCCCCAAGUAAUGCCUUUUAUUCUGUCAAUAAAUUUGAUGAGCAUAUGAAGGUUACCGAUAGCUCUCAGUUAUAUUCUCCUUGUGAGAAAUCUCAUAAGUUGUCAAAACAGUUAUCUGCAAUUAGCAAUGACUCUAAAGAAAUUCACAUGGAGGACUCCACAGUGGGCGGCAGUGAUGUUGAAAUCAAAUCUCAGCUCUUGGAUUUUGGAGAAAAUGAUGAAGAUGUUGGAGAAAAUAAUGAAAUGGACUCAGUAAAGGACUUCACUCUUAGAGUACAUGGCAUUAAAAAGGCCUAUAGUUUUACAGAAAGUAAAAGUAGGCAACUAACAACUUUCCAUGAUAGUAAAAAUGCUCCAUCUCCUUCAAGAGUGUUUUUUAAAGAUAUUGCUGAAAAUAGAGAUUCUAAUAGUUUGUCACAUUCUGUUCAGUCAACGAUUAAAAAGUUUGUAACUAUAUGUAAGAGAAAGCAUGAAGAUGUUAAUACAGCACUAUCUGAAAUUCCAGUCUUGAGAAAUCAAACUCUUCAAAGUCCAUUGAAGAAAAGUAAUUCUGAGACAAAUGCUGCAGCUAAAGGUUCUCCAUUUAAUCAUCACCCCAGUAAAGAUUCUGCUGAGGUGAGUGAGAUUGAACCAUCCAAGUUUGCUAAAGCAGAAAUUAUCUUCAACAAAAUCAGGAAUUCGUCUUCUUAUGGAGGGAAGACCAACGAUGGAAAAAUUGAGGAGGAACUUCUGGGUGAAAAGAAGGCAACAACUGUGGCUGAUGUCCUGCCAAUUGCUUCUGGCAAGGAUCUUGAGAAAAUAUCUGAGGAACCUGCAGGUGAAGAAAAGGCAUUACCUCUUGCUGAUGCUGUGUUAAUCACUUCUCCCAGUGGUGGCCUUGAAAAAAUGUCUGAGGAUCUUAUGGUUGCAAGUUCUCCAUUUCAGUCUUCUGAUUCCACUUUAGAUGUUCCAAAGCCUUCUGCUGAAAAGAUAUGCUCCACCUUGCAAUUUAGUAUUCAGGAACUAAGGGCAAAAAGGCACCAGAGGCUGUCAAGAUUGCAAUUCAACAGUUGUGCAUCCAGAGGCAUGAAGAUGAACAGACAUAGGAGUUAUGCUGCUGCAACAUUAGAGCUUUCUCAACCAGAUAAUGAGGAGCGAAAAGCAAGGGCUUUAGCUGCAGCUACUAAGGAAUUAGAAAGACUUUUCAAAAAACAAGACUUUGGAAGGAUGAAGGUGAUUGGCCAAUUUAAUCUUGGAUUCAUUAUCGGGAAGUUAGAUCAAGAUUUGUUUAUUGUGGAUCAGCAUGCUGCUGAUGAGAAAUACAAUUUUGAGCGACUGUGUCAAUCAACAAUCUUGAACCAACAGCCUUUGCUGCGGUCAUUGAGGAUGGAGUUAUCUCCAGAGGAAGAAAUAAUUGCUUCAAUGAACAUGGAUGUAAUCAGGAAGAAUGGAUUUACUUUGGAAGAGGAUCCACAUGCAUCUCCUGGGCACCGAUUUAAACUAAAAGCUGUUCCCUUUAGUAAGAAUGUAACUUUUGGAGUUGAAGAUGUGAAGGACUUAAUCUCUACUCUUGCUGAUAGUCAAGGGGACUGCUCAAUAAUUGGUAGUUACAAAAUGGACACCCCUGAUUCUGUCUGCCCAUCAAGAGUCCGUGCAAUGCUGGCAUCACGCGCAUGCAGAUCAUCUGUUAUGAUUGGAGAUCCACUAGGAAGGAAUGAAAUGCAGAAGAUACUUGAACAUUUGGCAGACCUGAGAUCACCUUGGAAUUGUCCACACGGAAGGCCAACUAUGCGCCAUUUGGUAGACAUGAUGACCAUCUACAAAACAUCAGAUGAAAAUGAUGCAAGCUUGUGAUGGACCUUGAAAUGGCAGAUGAUCACCGUCAAUUCUCUUAACUUACUGUAUAGGUAUUUGUAAAUCACGCAACACCAACUUCCAACAGUCAUGGGAACUCUGGGAUCUGCUGUGGAUUGUUUAUAUCAAUUUUUUCUGUAAAUUAACCCUAAAAUCUGGGAAGCUGCAUUAUGAUACCAUUCAUCUUGCACUAAUGUAACUGUCACGAUUUAUUAUUAUUGCCACGAAAGGUGAUAACCUCACCUCUUCAAAUGUUGAUGUGGAAACUCAUGGAGAUAGAAAAGGAAAAAUUCAGAAAGGAAUGU